GGUGUUCUGAGAGCUUGCACAGGACUUGUCCCCAUCCAGCCCAGCCCCCGGGGACCCCUGCGUUCAGAGCCUGGGCUGGGGGCGAGCGCAGGGGCCGCAGAGGAGCUGUACCCCAAGCUCAAGAGCCGCCUGUUUCUCUGUCCUCAGUGUUUUCAGGACCCACCCCCGGGACGUCGACUUAGGAAGAAAGCUCACUCUCGCCCUGUUUCACAGAGGAGGAAGGGAGGCACGGCUGGCCCACAGUCCAUCGCCUGCCAGGGGCCAAGAGCAGCUCUGACCACCCAAGGACGCUCCCACCCAACUCAAGUGCUGCCAACCGACCUCUGACUCCUGACCUCUGGGCGCACCUGCCCCACCCUGCUCUUUGUGAGGGGCUGGGGAACCCCUAGAAGCUUCACCACUGUAGACGCUGUGAGUGUUGACGCCUAGCUCACCCCUGGGGUGAGCCCCCAGCCCGGCCACCAUGGCGCAGCGGCUCCAGGAUGAGCUGGCUGCCUUCUUCUUCGAGUAUGACACCCCCCGGAUGGUACUCGUGCGCAACAAGAAGGUGGGCAUCGUCUUCCGCCUGAUCCAGCUCGUGGUCCUGGUCUAUGUCGUUGGGUGGGUGUUUGUCUACGAGAAGGGCUACCAGACCUCAAGCGGCCUCAUCAGCAGUGUGUCUGUUAAACUCAAAGGUCUGGCUGUGACACAGCUCCCAAGCCUGGGCCCCCAGGUCUGGGAUGUGGCCGACUACGUCUUCCCAGCACAGGGGGACAGCUCCUUCGUGGUCAUGACCAAUUUUAUCGCCACCCCCCGGCAGGCUCAAGGUCACUGUGCAGAGAACCCAGAAGGGGGCACAUGCAUGAAUAAUAGCGGCUGCACCCCGGGAAAGGCAGAAAGGAAGGCUCAAGGCAUCCGCACGGGCAAGUGUGUGGCCUUCAACGACACCAUGCAGACCUGUGAGAUCUUCGGCUGGUGCCCUGUGGAGGUGGACGACAACAUCCCAUGCCCUGCCCUUCUCCAAGAGGCCGAGAACUUCACUCUCUUCAUCAAGAACAGCAUCAGCUUUCCACGCUUCAAGGUCACCAGGCGCAACCUGGUGGAGGAGGUGGACGCCCGCUACAUGAAGACCUGCCUCUAUCACAAGACCUUGCACCCUCUGUGUCCCGUCUUCAAGCUCGGCUAUGUGGUUCAGGAGUCAGGCCAGAAUUUCAGCACCUUGGCCGAGAAGGGUGGGGUGGUGGGCAUCACCAUCGACUGGCACUGUGACCUGGACUGGCACGUGCGGCACUGCAAACCCGUCUACGAGUUCCAUGGGCUGUACGAGGAGAAAAAGCUGUCUCAAGGCUUCAACUUCAGGUUUGCCAGGCACUUCGUGGAGAAUGGGACCAACUACCGGCACCUCUUCAAGGUGUUUGGGAUUCGCUUUGACAUCCUGGUGGACGGCAAGGCUGGGAAGUUUGACAUCAUUCCCACAAUGACCACCAUUGGCUCUGGGAUCGGCAUCUUCGGGGUGGCCACGGUUCUCUGUGACCUCCUUCUGCUUCACAUCCUGCCCAAGAGGCACUACUACAAGCAGAAGAAGUUCAAGUACGCGGAGGACAUGGGGCCAGGGCCGGGAGAGCGUGACCCCGCGGCCACCGGCUCCACCCUGGUUCUGCAGGAGAACAUGAAGACAUCCUGACCUCCGUCCUCGGCUCCUACUGGACGCAGCAGGAGGGGAGCCCUGCUCCCUGGGGAGCUGGUGGGGUCCCAGCCAGGGCAGAGGGGUCCCCCUGCCAGGGCGGAAGGGUCUCCCCAGGAGCUCUCCCACCCUCUCAGCCAGGCAGACACCAAGUUGCUGGAAGCUCACAAUUCUGGGCUCCAGCUCCAACUCUGCAACCCUCCCAAGGGAGCCUUCCCCAGCCUCAGCCACUCCUGGCCCCAAGCUUUGUGCCUGUCCCUCUGGGCCUUCAUCCAUCCGCCCUGCUCCCUUGGGUCUCCAGACCUCUGCUCUCCCCAGUGGCAGCCACUAGCUGCGGGUGAUUAUUUAAAUUUAAAUUAAUUAAGAUUGAAUAAAAUUAAAACUUCAGUUCCUCCAACUAGCCACAUUACAACUGGUAAAUACACAUGUGGCUAGAAGUUGCCCUACUGAACCACAAGAAAUGUUUGCAGCAUCGCAGAGAGUUCUGUUGGAUGGCUAACCUUAAACCCUGUUUCCUACUGGCCCUAGAUCUCCCUGGGAUGCUUGUCAACAGUGCUGGCACUUGGGAAUUCCCUGGUGGUCCCGUGGUUAGGAUUUUCACCUCCAAUGGCCAGGGCAUGAUCCCCUGGUUAGGGAGCUAGGAUCCCACAAGCCAUGAGGCCAAAAACAAACAAAGAAAUCCAAAAACAGUGCCGGCACCUGGGCACACCCCAGAUCUCCUGAACCAGAAUUGCCCGGGCUGGUCACAUGGUCUCCGAGGAUAGCAUAACCCUUCAGGACCUAAGUUUUAGAACUGCUCCUGAUGGGGUAUCAGACUUCAUUGCAGCCAGCAUCACCUGGCAGGUGAUCACCUGACAGGCCUUUAGCAGGUGUGUAGUGUGCUCACAAGCCACACAGUGUCUCAUGCACACACACACACAUGCACUUACCCACAUGCACACCCUCCUCCCAUCCACACUGUGUGUUUGAACAGCUUGGGCCCUGCAAACACAACCAUCUGAACACACCUACACCCCCAGGCACAGACUCAUGGUCCACGCCUCGUCGCCUCCAGGGGGAUGUGUUAUCCUGAAGUGUGUGAGGCCAGGAAGGCCCUUCUUAGUGAUGGAUCCUUACUCAGCUACCUCUGGUCAGGGUGGGAGCCUCAGCCAAAUCCUGGGCUCUCUGCCUGUGACCCAGCCGCGGCUCCCGAGGCCUGCCCAGCUCUGUUAACACAAGGUCUGAGAAAUCAAGGGGUGGAGGAUAAUAAAAGGAAUGGUAAAUGAGUUCAAACCUCUGCCUUCUGCCUUUUCUUUCCUGCCUUCUCUAAAACUCAGCGUUCCCAGCUGUGAAACUCAGGGCCGAGCUGAGUGAUCAUUGAGGUCCUUCUGGAUCUCUCCGUGGAGGUGGUGAGCUGACCCUUAAGUCCUGAGCCCCACAGAGGCAGUGCUGGGGAUCGGUUCACCUUUAUCCAUGGGCCACUGUCCUGGCACAGCCCCAAACAUUGGCGCUCUUCCCAAUCUUCCACACACCCCUCUCCCGGUUUAUAAAGGCCUAGCACUGGGACAAGCAGAGACCCCAGGCGUGGCCUCAUGAAAGCUGGGCUGAAGAAGGGGCUGGCUGUCCUAGCAGAGAGUUGUGCUGGAGUCCCAAAGAGGAGAGGUAGGUCUUGAAUGCAGACAGUAUGGAAGGGGUCUCCAGGCACCUGGGCGGAGGGCAUGACGUGAGGUCAUGCACAGAGGGCAUGACCCUCCGGCCACAUGGGGUCUCUGGGCACCCCCAUCACCAUGCUCUGUCUAGACCAGCAUUGUCCAACACUAGUGACAGAACGUUUUCUAUCUGUGCUGCCCAAUGUAGUAUUCACAUGUGGCCAUUAAGUAUUUAAAAUGUGGCUCACGCAACCAAGGAACUGGAUUUUUAAUUUUAUUUGUGUUAAUUUAAAUCGCCAUAUGUGGCUACUGGCUACCAUAUUGGACAGUAUAGGCUAGUCCCACCCCUUGCCCUCAGGCCCUUGGCCUUCUGCCCUCUUCCCUAGCCAAGAGCCCUGUCUCAGAUUUUACAAAACAGGAACUUUCCCUCUUCUUCCCUCCCUUCCUUCUCUGAAUCUACCCGGUUUUGCACCUCCUGUCUCCUUCCCUCCUGAGCGAGCAGAGGAUUCCUUCUUGAUUUCCAAACCUCACCCAGCCUGGAGACCUUCCACUGAAGGCUGUCUCUCCUCUCUCUCCCACUCCUGCGUCUGCUCCCCUCUUCCACCUCCUUCUUGCCCGUGUUUCCCUGCUACUUGGCCCUCCCUUCACUGCCAACACCAUUCCGGAAAGACCAGUCUACACGUAUUCCCUCUGCAUCCCCCCCUCUACGAUUGGCCUCCAGCCCCUACCACCUUUCUAGAUGCCCUUGCCAAGGUUACCAGCAGUGCCCUUGUUGCCACAUCCAAGCGGACACUUCAGCCCAUAUCCUGCUUGGCCUGUCAGUCUCUGACACUGUUGGCCAAGCCCUCCUUUGUUGAAAGAUUUCCUUUCAGCAACUCCUAGGUCCCACCCUCCCCUGAUUUUCCUAGCCAGCCUGGUAUAUAGGGAAAAGAUAGUUUUGAAUUGCAGCUCUGCCACUAUUGUCCUUGGGCAAGUUGUUUAACUCUCCAAGCCUCCUCUCUGAGUCAGGGAUAAUAAUAGCCUCUACUCAGGUUGGGCUAAGAUAAGAUAUGUAAAGUACCUAGCCUGGUACACAGCAGUGCUCUGCCCCUCCAUCUAUCCUCUCUGUCAAUGGUGGAGUCAGCAAGCCAUCCCCAGAUAUGUAGUCUCUACAGUGAUACCGCCUUUGGUUCUUGGUUGGGUAUGAGUCUGCCUAGAAGCUGCAUUUCUCAGACACCUCUUGCAGCUGGCUCUAGUCAUGUGACUAAGUUACAGCUAAUUGGAUGUUUGUAGAAGUGUCAUGUGACACCUUCUGGGACCUUUCAUUAAAAGAAAGC